AUGAAGCCGAUUAAUUUCUUUGCCGUGUUGCUUUUCUGGGAAACUGUUUGCUGCAAUCACUGCCGACUGUCCAAUGUCACAAUAGCACUGGAGAAGGAAGAGUGUGGCUUCUGCAUCAGCGUGAAUGCAACAUGGUGCUCUGGCUACUGCUUCAUGAAGGAUCAAGUUGAUCAGAACCUAGCAAUGAGAUAUGUCCAGAAAAUCUGCACAUUCAAGGCAGUUGUGUACGAGACUAUCAAGAUCCCAGGCUGUGAUGGUCAAGCAGAAUCACUUUAUUCCUACCCAGUGGCAACAGGGUGUCACUGCGGGACCUGCAACACUGACAUCACCGACUGCACCCGGAGAGGCUUGGACCCGAAUUAUUGUUCGUAUGAGCAAUAUGAGAUCAGCGAGUGA